GGGACCAUUUUCUGAGAGCAGGAAAAUGGGUUUCGCUCUUAAGCCAUCUUCAAUGGCUUGCGAGAGAUUUGGACUUCGUAGCGACCAACGCGCCUCCAACUUUAUUACUUUCUUCAACUCUUUUCCAUGGAUGAUUCUCCAUUCUUGCUGUAAUUUCACUGUUCUUCACCAAAUCAACAUAUUCCUUCUCUGUUUCUUCAAGCAAUUCCCUCUCUCUCUCUCUCUCUCCCCGUGUGUUUUUAAAGCUUCAAAUCUCCCAUCCCCUCUCUAAACCUAAUUUCUAAGAAACCCUUCUUCUCCAACAACCCCUCUUUCGACGUUUCAACCAUUGGGGUCUCCUUGUUCUUCAAAUACACUCUGCUUCUCCGCUUAUCAAUCGGAAUACCCGAAACCCAUUUCGGUUUUUGCUUGUUUUGUUACUCCAACGCUCUGAUUUGGGUUCUUGAAGUCAGCAAUGAUGGAGCUCUGGUUUUGGGUUUUUGCUGUUUCUUUAGUUUCGAGGAUUGCCGCUGUCCCCAAUGCUGUCCCCACCGAACGGAUUUCAGGAAGUGCUGGGGAUGUGUUAGAAGAUAACCCAGUUGGAAGACUAAAAGUGUAUGUUUAUGAUCUUCCAAGCAAAUACAAUAAGAAAACUCUUCAAAAGGAUCCAAGAUGUCUCACUCAUAUGUUUGCUGCUGAGAUAUACAUGCAUAGGUUCUUGUUGAACAGCCCUGUUAGAACACUCAACCCUGAUGAAGCUGAUUGGUUUUAUACUCCAAUUUAUGUGACCUGUGACCUCACCCCCAAUGGCUUGCCAUUGCCCUUCAAAUCCCCACGAAUGAUGCGAAGCGCCAUUCAGCUUAUCUCUUCCAAUUGGCCUUAUUGGAAUAGAACCGAGGGCGCUGAUCACUUCUUUGUUGUUCCUCAUGACUUUGGUGCCUGCUUUCAUUAUCAGGAAGAGAAGGCUAUUGAUCGUGGAAUUCUUCCCUUACUCCAGCGUGCAACUUUGGUUCAAACUUUUGGACAAAGGCACCAUGUUUGCUUGAAUGAGGGUUCCAUCACUAUUCCUCCAUAUUGUCCUCCCCAGAAAAUGAAAACUCACCUGAUUCCCCCCGAUACUCCUCGUUCGAUCUUCGUCUAUUUCCGGGGAUUGUUUUACGAUGUUAACAAUGACCCAGAGGGAGGUUAUUACGCAAGAGGUGCAAGAGCAGCAGUAUGGGAGAACUUCAAAAACAAUCCUCUCUUCGACAUCUCGACCGACCAUCCCACGACAUAUUACGAAGAUAUGCAGCGAGCAAUAUUCUGUUUAUGUCCUCUUGGGUGGGCACCGUGGAGUCCGAGGCUGGUGGAAGCAGUGGUGUUUGGUUGCAUUCCUGUUAUCAUAGCCGAUGACAUUGUCUUGCCUUUCGCUGAUGCCAUUCCAUGGGAAGAGAUUGGCGUGUUUGUAGAUGAAAAGGACGUGUCGAACCUCGACACGAUCCUGACAUCAAUACCGCCUGAUGUGAUAUUAAGGAAGCAACGACUGCUGGCGAACCCAUCGAUGAAACGAGCAAUGAUGUUCCCUCAACCAGCGCAAUCGGGCGACGCUUUCCAUCAGAUUCUGAAUGGCUUGGCUAGAAAACUGCCACACAGUAAGAGUGUUUACUUGAAGCCUGAUGAGAAGGUUUUGAAUUGGACUGCAGGACCUGUGGGGGACCUGAAGCCUUGGUAGAUAAAUGGUUCAACUUUUUGGCUGUUGUGUCUUAGUUCAUACCUUCCUCUAUACUCCUUGCCUGAAGUUUUGAUUGAUUUUGAGUACACAGCUUUUAGAGGUGUCUCUUAGCUCUGUGGUAUAGCGGACUCAUUUGAUUGAAAAGGUAUAAGAAUCCGAGCUAAAUAUUGAAUCAGUGAUGAAGAGAAUUAUUGCAAAUUAUCCUAUGUAUGCGUCAUGGUCUUCUGAGUUGUAAUGUUACCAUCAGCCGUACACGGGAGUCUUGUUUUUACCUGAAAAAUAAGAGCAGCAAGUGACUUGAAUAUUUUAAGAAAUAUCAGUAGUGACGUAAGAAAUACUCGGUAAGUAA